AUGGAUGUGGUGGCGGUGGGAACACCUGAUCCGGCUCGAGGGUCGGGUCAGCUUGAUGUUCAAGAGCUGGACCGUCUCAUGGAACAGUUGCAAGAUGACCUGGCUCAUGAACGAUCUCGGCGUAACGGGCUUGAGGAUCUUGUGAGGGAUAAUUUUAAUUCCUUAACGCACGAUCGCUCGGACGAUCGUGCCACUUUUGCGUUCGCUCAACUUGAGAACAAACAUUCGACGCGCUUUUUUCGUGAUGAGCUGGCUGCUGCUCGUCGACACAUCGCUGAGCUGCGUGAACAGGUCGCUUCGCUAGUCGACCAGACUGGUCCGUUGAAACGGGACCACUUAAAAGUGGUCUCGGCUCUCGACCGUAGAGGUGUUCUUCGCAUCUCGAAACGGGCUCGUACGGAUAGUAAGGGCGGAGAUGACCGACAUAAAACGUAG